CCCCUUCCACUCCUACCUCCAUCUCACCCUCUCACUCACCAUGGCUGAGCCCCCGGAACCAGUGCUCUUCCAGGGGCACCCAGUCUCAGCAGCCGCCCCCAGCCUGGGGGAGUCCACAGAUGUGGAGUGUCCCAUCUGCUACCAGGAGUACAACCAGAGCAGCAAGUGUCCUCGCAUGCUGGAGUGCCUCCAUGUCUUUUGCACCGAGUGCCUCCAGAGAAUCCAGCUGUCCCCGUAUCCAACUGACCCCUCGGACCCCCAGAGCCUUCCCAGUCCUGCCAUCUCCUGCCCCCUUUGCCGCCACCCCACCACGCUGGAGACAGGUGACCCCCUCACCUUGCCCUGCAACUCCCGCAUCCUGGCCCAGCUGCCGCCCAUGGCCUUCCGCAUGCCCACAUCGGUGGCUGCCCGACUGGCCACCGUCACCCAGAGUGUGGUCCUCUCCCUGGAGGCCAGCAGGGAUUCUCGCUUCAUCAUCCUGCCCACAGUGAGCCUCCGGGUGGAGCAGAUGCACCCCAGCGAUAGGCCACACAGCGGAGGUGGAGGCCUGGUUGAUGAGGUGGAGGUGCUGCAGCACCACAGGAGGACCCUGGUAUGUGUGCAGCUGAUAGCCGUGGUCUUCUGGGUGUUGUUUGGGGUGACCUGCGUAGUGGCGGUAGUGUUCGGGCCAAGCUUCUUCUGCAACUGAGGGGAGGAUGAACACUUUUACUUGCAUCCUUUCUUCUGUCCUUGAUUACUUUCUAAAGUAAGGAAAUGUGUAUUGUCAAAAUAUUUGAAUAUGGCCUCGAUCCAGAAUGAACUAUGGGCCUACCUCAAACAGCAUUGAAAUUGUAAAUGACAAAUAUGCUUACAAGAUCAAAGUUGAUGUAUACAGCCUCAUAAUCAGAUUUAGUUGAUGUAAGUAGCACUAAUGUUGUUCAGAAAAUUCUGUAUGCAGCUCUGUUUUCUGCUAUGCACUGAUUUAGAGUUCCCUCUAGUGGUGUAAUA